AGGACCAGACUGUGGAACACUGUGGGUACUAGCGGAUGGGCCGUGACCCGGAUGAAGCAGAGGUGCGCCUGAGUUCCCGUUACCUAAGCAACAGCCUGCGAGCCGCUCUUCCCCUCCCCCACCCAAGCCCCAGCCCGGCCUUGCCUCCGGACGCCGCCACCGCCCCUGUUUUGUUUCCAUGGCGACAGGCGGCGCAGGGCCCGCUCCAAACAUAACGCGCUGUGGAAAACAUGCUGCUCGGGGGACCCCCCCCGCGCAGUCCCCGCUCGGGGACGAGCCCCAAGGGGCCCCGGAGCAGUACAGGCCACGUGCAGUUUGGCAAGAGCCCUCAGACCUGGCCCAGGCGCACAAGACCCCGCUCUCCUGAGCCUACUGCGCCUUCAGGGGCUCCGGGCUUCACUCAGCCGAGGCGCCGUGACUCGCUGAGUCGCGCCGGGCCGCCAGCGCUGUCCCGCUACGUGGGCCACCUCUGGAUGGGCCGGCGGCCGCCCUCCCCGGAGGCCCGCGGCCCAGUCCCCCGCAGUUCAGCUGCCAGUCGGACCAGAAGGAGCCUCGCCUCCCCGGGGACCUCCCCGGGCCCCCUGACCGCAACUACCGGAGGGGCGGUGGUAGGGGGCGGGUCCGUGCAGGGCAGGGCAGGAGCACACAAGGAAGUGUUUCCGGGACAGAGGGCGGGCAAGAUGGCGGCGCCCAUGGAGCUGUUCUGCUGGUCAGGGGGCUGGGGGCUGCCCUCAGUGGACCUGGACAGCCUUGCCGUGCUGACCUAUGCCAGAUUUACUGGUGCUCCACUGAAGGUACACAAGAUCAGCAACCCCUGGCGGAGCCCUUCAGGAACUCUGCCUGCCCUUCGGACCAGUCAUGGAGAGGUCAUCUCAGUUCCACACAAGAUCAUCACCCACCUUCGAAAAGAGAAGUACAAUGCUGAUUAUGAUCUGUCAGCUCGGCAAGGGGCAGACACCCUGGCCUUCAUGUCUCUCCUGGAGGAGAAGUUGCUCCCGGUGCUGGUACAUACUUUCUGGAUAGACACCAAGAACUAUGUGGAAGUGACCCGGAAGUGGUAUGCAGAGGCUAUGCCCUUUCCCCUCAACUUCUUCCUGCCUGGCCGCAUGCAGCGGCAGUACAUGGAACGGCUAGAGCUGCUGAGUGGGGAGCACGUGCCUGAGGAUGAGGAAGAGCUGGAGAAGGAGCUGUACCGAGAGGCUCGAGAGUGUCUGACCCUGCUCUCUCAGCGCCUGGGCUCUCAAAAGUUCUUCUUUGGAGAUGCCCCUGCCUCCUUGGACGCCUUCGUCUUUAGCUACUUGGCCCUGCUGCUGCAGGCAAAGCUGCCCAGUGGGAAGCUGCAGGCCCACCUGCGGGGGCUGCACAACCUCUGUGCCUAUUGUACCCACAUCCUCAGUCUCUACUUCCCCUGGGAUGGAGCUGAGGUACCACCGCCACGCCAGACACCAGCAGGCCCAGAGACUGAGGAGGAGCCAUACCGGCGCCGGAACCAGAUCUUAUCUGUGCUGGCAGGACUGGCAGCCAUGGUGGGCUACGCCUUGCUCAGCGGCAUUGUCUCCAUCCAGCGGGCAACGCCUGCUCGGGCCCCAGGCACCCGGGCCCUGGGCAUGGCUGAGGAGGAUGAAGAGGAAUGAUUUGUCCUCACGCUCCCAGGACUGGUUUUUCUACUCUCGUGCAUUCCAGAGGCCCCCGUGCCUCCUCUUUGCUGGUACAGCCGGACACGGGGUGCUGCCCCCCAGAAUAAAGCCACUCACACUGA